ACCGGCAGUCUUCUCCGGUUCCUAUUUGGACGAGUGUUGCUGAUGGGCUCUUGUCAAUAAAUUGAUUACCUUCAAAAAAAAAAAACAAAAACAAAAGGAAAACCCCCUCAAAAAAUAAUCCCUAAAAAAAGACAACAAUUUUCAAAACUAAUAAACAAAAUUUUAAUGGAUAAAUUUUUUUAAUUUAUUCUGACACAAUGGUGACAAGUGAUAACAGAGUGUCAUUGGAAUUUCCCGGCAGAGAAUAGUGAUAAGAAAAUUUUGUAUUGGAAAAUAAGUGAUUUUGCGUUUAGUUAGAAUUGCGAAUUGUGCGCCGGCACACACAUUUACACACAAGUUGCACACGCGAUCCUAAUAAUAGCCGGUGCGUUCGCGUUGGAAGCCAGGCAUCUAUAAAUACAGCGUAAUUCUGCCCGUGGAAAUACGAGACCCAGCGCGGAUCACUAUUCGCUCUCUUUCAACUCGGGAAGUAAGUCGAUCGAAAGCUGCGCGCCCAAGAGAAAGAGAGAUACAUAUAUAUAUAUCUCUGAAAAGAGAAAGAAGGUGUCUUAAUCGAAAUCGGAUCUGCCCACGCGCAGUAAGACAAUCGAUCUUGUAUGAGGCGCGAAAGUCCUUAAGGAAACGAAUCCCCAGGAGACGGGAUUAUCCUCUCUAAUAUAUAUAUAUAGUAACCGGAGUAAUAAGAACACUAUAUACUCGAUACUGAUAGUAGGGUCUCACAGCUUCCUAAAAAUAUCACAGCUUCUAUAUAAUUCACCGGCGGCAAAAUAAUUUCUCAAAGAAGAUGGAAAUAGAAGAAUAUAUUCGAGGGAAAAAGGACCUGAAAGUAUCGAGGAUAAAAUCAUAAUAGAGAUGAUGAGGCAUAAAAUUCAAUGAAGAUUUGUGUUGAUUGUCGCGAGUGCAAAAACGGGUUCUUAUUUUCCAGAGAGAUAAUAAUUUGUCAAGGGUGAGUGGACAAAAGUUUAAUGUGAUUCACAGUGGAGGGUGGAAGGAAUAAUAGAAUUGGGGGGGAAAGUGUUAGUGUAUCAAGAGAUGAGGCAAUGAUGGCCUACGGAGGAGUUAGCGGUGCCGGAUUAGUGGCAUCGUCAAGCAGUUCAGAUGUCCUUGGAUCAACGCCGGAUUACAGUCCAAGGGGCACUCCAGCGCCUUUAACUCAUUCAUCUGGACCAGCGGAGAGUUUAUCUCUCCCUGUAUACAGUCCACAAGACAGUCCAGCGAGUUCCGCCGGUGGCGGUGCCGUCGGCAAUGGUCAAUUGCCAAGUUUUGGAUUUACACAGGAGCAAGUCGCAUGUGUUUGCGAGGCGAUGGUGUCAUCUGUCCAGGUUCUCCAGCAGUCGGGAUCAGUGGAGAGACUUAGCAGGUUUCUAUGGUCACUGCCCGGAUGUGCCCGAUUACAUCGUCACGAAAGUGUCCUCAAGGCAAAAGCAAUCGUAGCCUUUCAUCGGGGAAAUUUUAAGGAGCUCUACAAAUUAUUGGAAAGCCACAAUUUUAGCACGCACAAUCAUCCUAAACUACAAGCACUAUGGCUCACCGCACACUACAUCGAGUCCGAAAAAGUAAGAGGAAGACCCCUAGGUGCUGUUGGGAAAUAUCGAGUGAGGCGUAAAUUCCCGUUACCAAGAACAAUUUGGGAUGGGGAGGAGACAUCGUAUUGCUUUAAGGAGAAAUCGAGGAGUAUUCUUAGGGAUUGGUAUGCUGCAAAUCCUUAUCCAUCUCCAAGAGAAAAACGGGAAUUAGCUGAAAAUACGGGUCUCACUACAACUCAAGUUAGCAAUUGGUUUAAGAAUCGAAGACAACGAGAUCGAGCUGCUGAGCAUAGUGGUCCAAGAGAAGAAAAGGGAAACAGUGGAACUCUUGGUGAUUCGAGCUGUGAAAGUGGAGAUGACACGAAACAAUUAUCAAUUGGACCACCAUCACAUAAAUUAAUUGAUCAAACACCUCAAACACCAUCCUCUUGUGCUGUCCAACAGCAACAACAGCAGCAACAACAACAACAACAGCAAAUGGAACAUCCACAAGCGUCAAAUAUGUAUCCACUGCUACAUCCUGUAUCAGUUUCGAGUCCUCAUUCCUAUCAUCAAGGUCACACGUCGACCUUGAGUCAUUCUCAUACCUCAACGCAUCAUAUGCAACCCCAUGACACAAGUAGUGAGAGUGGUGAUGAUAAGAGAAAUCUUCAUCAUCAGUUACAGCAUCAUCUACAGGGUGGUCACAGUGCCCAUGGUCUUGUUCAUCCAACGGCAACCUUGGCACAACAUCCAUCCAGCUGUGCUCAACAAAAGACACAGCUCGACUAUAUGCACCAGUACUACCCACAGGACUAUCUAAUCACUCCGACCUCGGAUCUACAGAAGUCCCUUCCCCAUACAUCAUCACCAAUGCAAAUGGGAGCGAUAGCGCCGUCGAUGGGCGGAUUGAGUCCCAUGGGUCCAUCGACAAUGUUAUCUAAUACGAUGUCAAGUGUCAACCCAAAUAACAUCGUUUCCAUGAAUGGUAUGGGUAUGGGUUCCUAUCAAGGUAUGGGGAUGUCAACACCACACGGUGGUUAUCCGAGUGGCCUCGUUUUAGGUGAUUAUCAUUCGUUGUGACUUUGGACCCAAGGCAAUGAGGGUAAUCGCAAUCAGGAAAAGACUUAGGGAAGUAAGCAAUUUGCGAACAAAAAAAAAAAUACAAUUUUUCAACUUCGGUAUCUUUUUUUUAAUCACAACAAAAUUCGCAUCCGAUUCUAAUUAAUUCGAAAUGAAAAAGCAACAACUUUUCAAAUUUCUCAUUUACAGUAAAACAAAAUUAAUAAUUUCAUUUAAAAUUAUUCUUGAAACUAAAUUGUUAAUAUUGCGAGAUUUCAUUGCUGAAAACUUCAUAUUACGGAAGUUAAAACAAAAUAGAUUGUAUAACUAUAUAUAUAUUUAUAUAAAAAACCGGUCGAUGCUCUUUUUUAAUUGAGCAUCGUUAUCGGAUCAAUAGAAAAAGACAUUUUAGCAUUUUCAGUUUUCUCAUAAGUACGACUAUUCAUCGUACAUAUAUUUAAAUAUAUAAUUUAUUUAUCUAUAUACAGAAUUUCCAGUCUGUUUUCAAGUUGACAUAAAUAUUCUUUUAUUUUCAUAAACAAUACAUAAAUUUUUCUCUUUUUUUUAUAUAAAAUGCAUUGACCUUCUAUAAAAAAAAAAGAGUAGAAAAAUUCCUUUAAUUAUUUUAACAAAUAUUAAAAUGUAAUUUUCUCCAUUGUUCAAUUUAAAUAUUUUACUUUUUAUUUAUUUCUUUUUAUUAUAGAAAAAUUAAAAUAUAUUCUAUUUUUUCAUUGACAAGAUAUUUUUUGUUAAAUUAUAAUUCAUUUAAUUCACUCCUAAGACAUUUUGUCAACAAAUUUUUUUUUCAUUUCCAAUAAUUAAGUUAAUUGAAGACUACAUUUUUGACCACCGCUGUUGUACACUCCCACGUACGCUUUUAUGUUUACAUUGUACAUAUGUAGAUAGUACAUAUACGUAUACGCAUCCACGCACUUUGUUAAAUCCAUUUGCCGAAACCUAAUGUCCAAAUUGUCCAUUAGCAAAUCAUUUUUAUUUUUCAUAAUAUCAAACUCAAAUUUCUAUUUCUCAAAAAUCGAAUUUAAUAAUUCAUAUUCAAAAAUAUAAAAUUGAAAAUAAAUUAUUAUUUAAAAAAAAACGAAAAUGAUUUGCGGACGUUUGAAUUUUUGAGUUUCAUUUUUUUACAGUUGUAUAUAAUACAAAAAGUACAUGAAAUGAGGACAGGAGAAAGAUAUGAACGCAAACUAUAAGGAAGGCAAAAUCAUAUAGAGAUAUGAUACAACAUGUUUCUUUGAAACUUUAUCUCAAAGAAGAUGAUCGAAAAUCCCGUUAAAUGCGAUACUAUAACAAUUCUAGAUUAUAAUCGGAAGAAAAGGACAAAACAGUGUAAAAAAUAUACGUUAACAGAUGUAAAAAUGAUGAGAUAAAAAAAAACCCGUGGAACGAAGAGGGAGGUCGAUUACCAAAAGAUAUAAUAAAAUUUUUAUUUAAAAAAUCAAUAAAAAAAUUACAAACAAUUGUAAUUUUAAAAUAAAUACUUUUCUCAUUUAAAAAUGUCAUUAAUUUAUUAUUUAUCUUCUAAUAAAAAUAGAAUUUGAAAAAUAUUUUUUAUAGACAUUAUACAAAUAAUUUUUUUUUUAAUUUUACAAAAUAUUUUUUAACAUUGGCAUCAUCUAAAAAGUUUGAAUAAACUUAAAAUAAUGGAGCACAAGUGAAUGCAUAUCGUGAAAUAAAAUCAAAAUUAUAAUUAAGAUGCUAAAAAAAAUUUAAUUAACUUCUUUCAUUAUUAUUAUUAGCUUUAUUGAAAAUAUUAUGUAGAUUUAAUAAAUUUUCAAAUAAUGAAGAUACAAAAAAAAAAAUUUUAAACCGUUUCUUUUCUUUAUAUUGUAAAUUAAAUUUAGAAUAUAUGAGAGAAUAAGCAAUUCGCUUUAAACUUAAAGGCAUUUUAAUUCACGCACAAUUUUUGCUCAGGCCAAUUAAAUCGCUCGAAUUGCACACAACAUUCCCGAGACGCGUCUUAAUUUUUAAAUACACGAUGAAUCACCGCGACUUAAUUCUUCAAAAAAAAAAUAAAUAUGACGCAUAUAUAAUUUUUCAAUUUUCACCUCCCGGUAGUUCCCGAAACUAGUAGCUCAAAAAUUAGUCAUUGUUGUUAGAUGAUAAGAAUUUAGUAUUAGCUUAAAAAAAAAAAAAAAAGAAAAACGUCAAAAGAGGUCUUUUUCCUGUACCAAAACAAUUUUCCUAUAGAAAGUAUAAAUAUAUAAUAAAUAUAGUAAUUUAGAAAAGAAAGUGACAAUUAUUUUAAAUAAUUCGACAAAAAAAUAAAUGGUACAAUUUUUGGGAUGAAAAAGAAUAAUCCCAUAGACGACGAUGACGAUACGACUAUACUCUAAUCGAGAGAAAAAAUUUUAAAAAAUUAUUUACAUAUGCCUAUUAGUAAUUAAUAAAGUAAGACUGCCGACGAGCCGUACAAGCAGUGCCACAAAAGCACAGGCGCGUUGCCAAAAAAUUUAUGACUUGCUCCAAUUUACAAAAAAAAUGGAAAUUAUUUAAUAUUAUUAUUUUAAACAUAUAGUUUCACUUUCGAAAUUUAUUUCCAAAUUUAUUUAUUCUAAAUUAUAUUCAUUUAUAACAGAAAAAUUAACAUUACAUGACUAAAUUUACCAUACUGUGUGGUAAUAUUUCACAUGACAUUAAAAAUCAUUAAAAUACGGUUCUGGAAAGAAUUUCCAUUUUCUCAACAUUUUGGAGCAAUUCAUAGAGCGCGUGUGCGAGUGUACGUAAAUUAGUAAUUAAGUAUGUGUAUACAUGCUAUAGAGUAUAUAUAUAUAUAAUGUAUAUAUGAUGCAAAAGUAUGUCCGUACAUUGUGCCGAGUGGAAGUUCAUUUAAAAAUUAAAGGAAAAAAGACAAAACAAAAACGGACAAAUGCUGUCGUGGAGAACAAAAAUAAAAUCGUCAAACCACUCAAGCACAAACAAAAAUCCAUAAUUCAAAUACACAAUAUAAUAAAACUUGCAACGAACAAAAUAAUGACACAAUUAACUGAAUAUUAAUGCGUCAAGCCAUUGUGUCCAAGAGAGAAAUAAUAAAAGAUAUAUGGAGUAUCAAAAACAAAAAGAGGGAAGAAAUCAAAGUUUCUUCUCACUCUUAGCUGUAAAUGUAAUUAAAUCCUACCACGAUGCACAAUUAAUUAAGCCCAAGUGCUGAGGAAUAAGUCACGAUGUACGAUUCAAACUGUAUCGAAUAAAGUUGAUGUUAUUUAAAAUUA